UUGAAACAGCAGAAUGAAUUGCUAAACAAAUGUGUAAUCAUUACAGUACUAAUACCUUACAGAAAAUCAAAUGCAAAAGGAGCAGAUGGCUGGUCAUUCUAACAUGAUGAUAAUCAGCUUCAGAUGAAACCAACUCAAGAAUAUUAUAAGGAGGCUAUAACAAUCUGAGAAUGAGGAGAGUUUCUUUUCCUCUUGAGCAAGCAUCGUGUUUUGGUAUCGUUUCUCUGCUCGCAGCAGGGAAAGGGAACUGUAACCAUAGUAAUAGAGCCUCGACAGUUCAUGCAUCCAUGCUUUCCUCUGUCUGAAUGACGUGAACUUGACAAAAAUAUUUCAUUCAUCAGAUACUCUUUUAAACUUUCGAUUUCCCUGAACAGAGGAACUGAACAGAGGAGGAGUUAAUGCUGUGUACUGCAUAUCUGAAACCUUAAACCCCAAGUGCAUCUGGAAAGCAGCAUUUUCUUUGAACUCCGAGAAGGAGAGGAAAAUAUUUUGAUACUUAGAUAGCAAAAUGCCAGUCGAGAGUGAAAAGCAAAAUGACCCAUCUCCACUGAACAAUAAACAUGCAGAAGUACUAGCAGACAUGCACAGCUAUACAUCGAAAGUGGAAAGCGCCUUGAGCAUCCAGUAUGAAGAGAAAGUCCAUCCAUGUAUUGACCUCAUUGAUUCUCUGAGAGCCCUUGGAGUCGAAAAAGAUUUGGCAUUGCCAGCAAUUGCUGUGAUUGGAGAUCAGAGCUAUGGGAAAAGCUCAGUUCUAGAAGCACUCUCUGGAGUCGCUCUUCCUAGGGGCAGCGCCCAGAAGGCAAUGACUGGCUCAGAUACGGGCAUUAGCGACAGCUUAAUUAGCUUGGAAAUAAGCUCCCCAGAUGUUCCGGACCUGACUCUGAUUGAUCUGCCAGGGAUUACAAGGGUGGCUGUGGGUGAUCAGCCACGUGACAUUGGACAGCAGAUAAUGAAGUUAAUUAAAACGUAUAUUAACAAAGAAGAAACCAUCAAUUUGGUGGUAGUGCCAAGUAACGUAGACAUUGCAACUACAGAGGCACUGAAAAUGGCUCAAGAAGUGGACCCUAUGGGGGAGAGAACACUUGCCAUCCUGACCAAGCCUGACUUGGUUGACAAGGGAACGGAAACAGAGGUAGUGGACAUAGUCCGAAAUCAAAGCGUUCCCCUGAGAAAAGGAUAUAUGAUAGUUAAAUGUCGUGGACAGAGCGAUAUCAACGACAAAGUGAGUUUGGCAGAUGCAAUCCAGAAAGAGAGAGAAGUUUUUGAAGAGCAUGAUUUUUUCAGAUCUCUUUUGGAGGAACGUAGAGCUACCAUUCCACUUUUGGCAGAAAGGCUUACGCAGGAACUGAUAGAGCAUAUUAGGAAAACAUUACCAACUUUAGAAAAACAAAUAAAGGACAAACUUCGGGUAGCAAAUCAGAAGCUGCAGGAAUAUGGCCAAGCUGUGCCCAAAAACUUAGAAGAGCAGUUGCUGUUCCUUGUACAAAAAAUCAAGCUUUUUAAUCAAGACAUCUUAAAUAAAGUGCAAGGAGAAGAAGUUUUAAUGCACAAGAAAGAAAAAAGAUUGUUCACGAAAGUGCGAUGUUUCUUUAAUGAAUGGCAAUGUGAGGUUAACAACAAUGCACUAAAUGUAAGAGACAUUAUGAAGGAAGAAGUUCAGAGCUUUGAAAAUAAAUAUCGUGGCAAAGAACUCCCAGGGUUUGUCAAUUACAAGACAUUUGAGGCCAUUGUAAGACAGCAAAUUAUGAUGCUGAAAAUACCAGCAACUGAUAUGUUGAAGGAAGUAACAGAACUUGUGCGGGAAAUGUUUGUUCUAACCGCCUGCCAACACUUCGGUAGUUUCUACCAUCUUCUCAGAGUUGCACAGAACAAUAUUGAAGAUAUCAAACUGGAGCAAGAAGAGAAAGCAGAAUCUAUGAUCGGUGCUCAGUUUAAACUGGAAAAUAUUGUGUACUCCCAGGAUGAUAUUUAUAGUGCAGAUUUAAGUGGUAUUAGAGCAAAAGCUAAUGAAACUGGAAGUGCAAUAAGUGUUGGACCACAGAGACAUCACAUUGUUCCUUGUGCAAUGUGUGUUCCUGCAAAGCAAUGCUCCUUGGAGGAAAUGACUUACCAUUUGAAUGCCUACUUCAAAAGUGCAGGAAUCCGUCUGGGUACCCAAAUUCCAAUGAUCAUUCAGACAUAUAUUCUCCAGGAUUAUGCCGAGAAUAUACGGGACGCAAUGAUGCAGCUCUUGCAAAAUAAAGAACAGUUUGGCAUUCUCCUUCAAGAAAGCAAUGAUACUACCAAUGUGAGGAACACUCUAAAGGAAAAAAUUAAGCGUCUCACCAAAGCUCGACAGCGCUUAGCAAAAUUCCCGAUUUAAACAAGAGGUGUUGCAGGUGGAAGAGAUCCCACUCAGCGUUUGAGUAAAUAUUUAUUCCAAUAUGUACUCCCAGUCAAUAAUUGAUUUUAAAAAUACUAAAUUAGCCCUUAGUAUCAUAAAUAUCAAGACAUAAAGAAUACAUUCAAAACUACAUUUUGUUACUAGAAAAGACAGCAAUGUACAAUGCAUUUUACAGACAUAGAAGUAAUUACUAUUUCCUCUCUUCAUGUAUAUCCAUGUUAUAAAUGUUUUAAAUUUAUAAUUUUUUAAGGAAGCCCAUUUUAAUGCUGUUUGAAUUGUUUUAAAUAUGUGUUUUAUUGUAUUUUGAUAUUGUCUGUUGUGAACCGCCCAGGGAGCUUCGGCUAUGGGGCGGUAUAUAAAUUUAAUAAAUAAAUAAAAUAAAUUUGUUAUGGAAAAAAUGAGCUUACAUUUUAA